AUGUACAUUCUGUGGUUACUCGUUUCAAUAUUUGUUUCGAUGCCAUCUAUCUAAUCAAUUAAAACACAUCUACCCGUUCACAGCAAGUUUUCAGAGAAAGUCGAACUACGAUCCAUUCGGAAGCUUACUACCAAUGAAAUUGGUAGAAAUGAAAGAAAGAGAAAGAAUUAUAACACAAAAGUAACAGUCUGAUGGCUUCUGCCAAAAAGGCUUCAACCCCUGCUUGUUUUUUAUAUCAAUGAAAUUACAAUAUCAAUGAAAUUACAAUCAUAAAUGAGUACUAAUGAUAAAUAUUCAAUUUAUCGUAAGACAAUUGUUUUGUUUUAUAUAAAUGAGUAGCUAGUAUAAUUAGUCAGUAGUUUUACGGACAUUCUAACGGCAAAUCACAAUCACCGGUAAUUUCUCAUCUCAACACAUGGGGUCAGUAUAGCCCAACAAACACUGGGCAACGUAACCUACAAAUCAUGACACUUUCGAAGCAUUCUCCUCAAUGUUUAUGACUCAUUAUUUACUAAUUAGAAGGAUUAUUUAGUACUUUGAAGAGGAUUCGUCAUGGCAUCGGUUUACAAGACAAUUUACCCGGUCAAGUACCUCAGAGAUCACUUGUCUCAGGAGAUAAGACCGGAUGGUCGAGAAUUUCUCGGCUUUCGACCGGUCAGUGUUAACGUCUCUUCAAUUAGUCAGGCAGACAGCUCUGCAAUAUUCAAAAUUGGAAAUACCACUGUUGUAUGUGGAAUCAAGGCUGAAUUGGCUGCUCCCAGAGCUGACGCUCCGGACUGUGGAUUUUUAAUCCCGAAUGUGGGAUUAUCUCCCCUCUGCUCCUCGAAAUUUCGUCCAGGGCCUCCGAGUGAUCAAGCUCAAGUGGCUACGAAGAUUAUUGACAAUAUCCUGUGGAACUCUGGAAUUAUUGACCUUAAGGAUUUAUGCAUCUGCAAGGAUAAACUGGCUUGGGUGUUGUAUUGCGAUCUGGAAUGCAUCGAUUCUGAUGGAUCGAUCAUUGACGCCUGCUUGGGGGCUCUCAUGGCGGCUCUAUCCGCUUUGACAUUACCUGCAGUUCUCCAUAAUGCCGAGUCGCAGUCGACCACAGUCCACCCCAAUAACAGAGCUCCUGUACCUCUAAAAGGGAUUUUCACGUCCACAACGUUUGCAGUUUUCGAUGAGAAUUUAUUACUUGCCGAUCCGACUGACGAAGAAGAAACUCAAGCUCUGGCCAGAUUCACAAUAGUCAUGAACAAAGACGAGUUGUGUUACAUCCACAAACCUGGUGGAGUUCCCAUCAGUCCAGAUCUCCUCUCAAAAAGCAUAACAAGAGCCAGAAGUCGAUCGGAGAACUUCAGCAGUCUAAUCGCCACAGCGAUAUCUCCAAAAUGAUACAAUAAAACGAACCAAAAAACGAAAAUAAAUCAUUGUAAAUCUUUUCUAUCACUUUCGAAAAAAUAUACUCCUCAUUUAUCAUUGAUUGAUACAAAUCUACAAGAAACGUUUAUUGCAUUAUUAUCAUCGUAAAUGAUCAAUUAUGUAAGUCCAUUUCAAUGAUUGCAAGUUCAUUCAGGACGAUCAGAGUCAUGUCAUCAUGAUCAUCAAACAUCCACUUAUAAAUAUCCCCGAGAA